UGUAGUAUGCUGUAAGGUUGUUAUUUCACAUUUUUACCUUCUCUUUUAAAACAUGUGUAAGGUGGAAUUACAAUAAAUGAGCAUACUUUUCUACUUUAUUUAAUUGGAGGUAUUGGAAUGAUGUUAGGUGGUAUAGGAGCAGGAAAAUUAUCUUAAAAGACUAAUUUAUUUAUUGUAGGAUGGUCUUAAGUUUUCUUCGCAAUAAUAUUUGUAAUUUUAGCAAUCACUUCAUAUUAUUGGAAAAUACUGAAUACAACAUAUAUUACUGGAUUUUUUUGUGGAAUUGUAUUUACAGGAACAGAAUCAUUGGCUGCUAUGAUAAUAGGUGUAUUAGUAUCUGAUAAAAGUUAUUAUUUUGUUGCAAAUGAUAUAUUAAUAGUAUAAGUUUGUAAUUAUUUUAGUGCUUAGGAAUAGCCCUUACAUCUAGUAUUUCUUUAUUAUUGAGUAAAUCUAAUUUAUAAGCUAUGGUCUAUGUAGUAAUGACCAUGUUAAUAUUAAAUAUUGUUUCACUAAUUUAUGCUUAAAGGAUUUUCAAGGCUCCUAUUAAAAAUUCAAAAGUGGAAUUACUAGACUGAUU